AACUGGGCCUGAAGACCCAUAAACUAAAUCUGCAAGGAUUUGAUACUUAACAAAACAGCCCACGUACGUUUUCAGUUAUUUCUUUAUUUUUUUUUCAGUUUUUUUUUUUGUUUUUAUUUUUCGGGUUGCGUAAACCCUAAAUCAGAAACUUGGAUUCUUCUCCUUCGACAAAAAGGCUCCGUAAAUGGCAGACACCAAUGCAUCUGUAGAAACCACCACUGAUGCUUCUCAGAAGCAACAUGAAACGGUGGAUGAGAUGCUUGCUAGGCACAGGCAAGAGAUAAAACAACUACAGAACAAGGAGACGGAGCUGAAAAAGGCUGCUGCUAAAGGAAGCAAAGCCGAGCAGAAAGCUAAGAAGAAGCAAGUCGAAGAAGACAUUUCGAAACUCUCCACCAAGCUUAAGGAGAAACAGCUCAAAGAGCUCGCCUCCCAAGGUUUUAGCAGCAGCAGUAGCAGCAGCAGCGGCACCAACAUCUCCAAGGCCGAAACGAAUGAGAAGAAAGGAGAUAUCGACACUCUAGUGAGAGCCAUCGCUGGAGUCUCGGUCACCGCUCAGCAAGAACACUCGAAGCAGCCGAGCAAGAGCGUGAAGAGGCGUGAGAAACGAGCCAAAGAAGAAGCGGAGAGAGAGCAGAGAAUCAAAGAGGAGCAGAGCAACGUGACGAGCGAUCGUAUGGUGGAGAACCAGAAACUCGAGAAGAAGCUUAAACCGAUGGGGCUAACCGUCAGCGAGAUAAAACCAGACGGGCAUUGCCUUUACCGAGCAGUGGAGAACCAGCUCGCCAACCUCUCAGGCGGCGGUGCAUCACCUUACACGUACCAGAAGCUGAGAGAAAUGGCUGCUGCUUACAUGAGGGAGCACAGAGCAGACUUCAUCCCGUUUUUCUUAACGGAGACCACCGAGUCUGAAUCUGAUGAGUCUGCAGAGGAGCGGUUUGAGAGAUACUGCAGGGAAGUGGAGUCGACAGCUGCUUGGGGAGGUCAGCUGGAGCUAGGAGCGUUGACGCAUUGUUUGAGGAAACACAUAAUGGUGUUUUCAGGAUCGUUCCCUGAUGUUGAAAUGGGGAAAGAGUAUAAAUCAUCCGGCAAUGACGACAGCCUCAAGUUAUCGUAUCACAGGCAUGCUUUUGGGCUCGGUGAACAUUAUAACUCUGUUGUUGUCGUCAACAACAUCACCGAAUGAUGAUGGGACUUUCUGUCAAGCUCUUAAGACAAUCAUGCUUUUGUUUGUAUCACAAGCUUUCAAGAUUUACCGAAAUUUUUUCUAAGAUUGGUUUUCAAAGAACCUCUGUAACUUUAAAUCUAUUUAUUCAAAUAUCUAGUUGCAAGUUUUGAUUA